UCAGUCAUUGCCAGUGCUAAACAUGGCGGCUCUGAGGAUUGUCACAGGGACUGGACGCCGGGCGGCGAGGUGUAUGGUGCGAUGGAAUCGGCACGGUGUGCAGUCACAGACGAGAUCGGCUGCACAUUUUACCUUCCAGCCAGACCUCGAGCCCACCGAAUAUGGACCCACUCAGAAAAUGAACCUUUUCCAGUCUGUACACAGUGCAUUGGAUAAUACACUAUCGAAAGAUCCAACUGCAGUGAUAUUCGGAGAGGAUGUUGCCUUUGGAGGGGUCUUCAGAUGUACUGUUGGACUGCGAGAUAAAUAUGGUAAAGACAGAGUUUUCAACACCCCCUUGUGUGAACAGGGAAUUGUUGGAUUUGGCAUUGGUGUUGCGGUUACUGGCGCUACCUCGAUUGCUGAGAUCCAGUUUGCAGACUACAUAUAUCCAGCAUUUGAUCAGAUUGUUAAUGAAGCAGCCAAAUAUCGAUAUCGAUCCGGUGACCUUUUCAAUUGUGGGAGCCUGACCAUUAGAGCACCAUGGGGUUGUGUUGGCCAUGGUGCACUUUAUCAUUCCCAAAGUCCUGAGGCCUUUUUUGCCCAUUCUCCUGGUAUAAAGGUGGUCAUACCCAGAAGUCCGAUCCAAGCAAAGGGCUUGCUGCUAUCCUGCAUUGAAGAUAAAAACCCAUGUAUUUUCUUUGAACCCAAAAUACUGUACAGAGCUGCAGUUGAGCAAGUUCCUGUGGAACCAUAUUACAUCCCUUUAUCUCAGGCUGAAGUGAUUCAGGAGGGAAGCGACGUUACUCUUGUAUCUUGGGGUACUCAGGUUCAUGUUAUCCGUGAAGUUGCAUCUCUGGCCCAAGAAAAACUUGGCUUGUCCUGUGAAGUGAUCGACUUAAGAACUAUUUUGCCAUGGGAUAUUGAAACAGUCUGUAAGUCUGUGGCAAAGACUGGCCGGUUACUCAUCAGUCACGAGGCUCCACUCACAGGAGGCUUUGCAUCGGAGAUUAGUUCUACAGUACAAGAGGAGUGCUUCUUGAAUCUCGAAGCUCCAAUCGCAAGAGUGUGCGGAUAUGACACGCCGUUUCCUCACAUAUUUGAACCUUUCUGUAUCCCUGAUAAAUGGAAAUGUUUUGAUGCUCUGCGAAAAAUGAUCAACUACUGAGUAAAGCAAUACACUUAUUGUUGGUAAAGGACCGAGUAAUGUUCUGGAGUCCAUAGAGUACCGCAGCCCUGAAUGCAGUGAAUUUCCGGUGCCUGAAAAAGACUAGACUUUCCGACAUAACAUGAAAUGGAUUAUUCACCACCAAACACUUUGUGUUAUGUGCCACUCACUCCACUAAGGGAUAUUCAGAAGAAUAAACUACAUUACUUAUUUAA